CCAAUGCCUGAAUCAAGAAAGAGACGUACAUUUGACAACAAAGAACUUUCUGGUCCCGACUAUGGUAAAGAGAGACCUGUCAAGAAGCAAGACAUCAAAAAGACCAUAUCAGAGAAGCCCAGAAAGCAUACAGUGACAGUAGCUAUUCCUGGAAGCAUCAUUGACUUCGCUCCAACCCUAGAACUCAAGACGAUUCUGGCCGGACAACUUGCGAGAACCUUUGCAUUAUUCUGUGUGGAUGAAGUUGUGAUAUAUCAAGAUAAAGUCGUACAUCCUUCAGCCAAAGUAAAUCCAAAUUUAUUCUUGGCAAGAAUACUACAAUAUAUGGAAACACCUCCUUAUUUGCGAAAGGCACUUGUACCCAUUAGUUCCGACUUGAAGUUUGUUGGUUUACUACCGCCUUUAGACGCCCCACAUCACCCAUCUCGGGAAGACAUGACACUCUAUCGAGAGGGUGUGACGCUAGACAAGGCAGAUGAUGAAUCUACACUGGUAGAUGUCGGCCUUUUCAGACGAGCUCGUAUCGACCGACCUGUUCAGCCUAAUGUUCGCGUCACAGUCGAACUGAGUCAAGUCGUGGCAGCAGCAGACACCAAAAAGGGACAAAAGCCGAUCCAGGCCAAGGCGGUGAGUCCAAAGACACCGAGAGAGAAGAGUGGGAUCUAUUGGGGAUAUCAGAUCCGUGUGGCAUCAUCAUUUUCUAAAGUGAUGGCUGAAGCGCCCUGCAAGUAUGAUCUGUCAAUAGGUGUGAGUGAUCAAGGAGGAGACAACCUCUUUCACUCGUCUACAAUUAAGAAUAAAUUCAAACCCUUUGGGCAUAUACUCAUUGCCUUUGGUACACCCAAUGGCGGAUUAGAAGAAGCUAUUGAAGCAGAUGAGGAUCUAAAAGAGGGAGGGGAGAAUGCGCAUGAAUUGUUUGAUCUGUUUAUACAGUCUGCAACAAGCGGCACACGUUCUGUGCGUCUAGAGGAAUCAAUCAUGAUGGUCAUGUCUACAUUAAAACCCACCAUAGCGAAUAAAGGCAAAUCAUAACUUUCUUUUUUUGGACACUGUGACCAUUUAGUUUUGUUGUGACUUUUAGCAUCUUUUUUUUCCUCCCAGGGCCUCUUUCUUUUUUUUU